AUGAAUGUCGGAAAAAACAAAAUGGGUUUACUUGCAAAUUCUCUUGGAUUAGCAUCCAUACUGAUACCCACAGCGAUUUACUUGUCGAGCUCUGGAGAGAAUCGGGUACUCAGAUUAGUAUCGGCAGUUUCCAGCUCAUUGUUUACUAUGUUUAUGCUUUCCUAUUGGAUAGUAAGAAACUGGCGUGUAAACGUUUCUAGGAAUGAUCCUAAGGAAGCCAUUUUGUAUCUUGCGUUCAUUGUAAUAUGUAUAACAGGGCUAUUUACAUGCAUUGCAGAAACAAUCGUCUACGGUCUUAGUAAUGAUAACAUGGACAUUUUGAAGAUGUUUGCAACAUUUUCUUCAAUCAACUACAUUCGAUUUAAGUGCUUAGGGCUUCUUCCUCGUCCUGUUUACAAGAGCGGUGUCAUCGGAAAUUUCGUUUCUGUGGCAGCUAUCGUUUUAAUAACCUGUGCAUUUGCUGUCAAUGCAAAAACUAAUGACAUGCUUGUAGUGUUAUGGAGUUUCGUUCUAAGUGGAGCCAUAUUGGCAUUGACAUCGUUAGCUGAAGAAAUGGUGCUGCCUAGAAAAGAAAAUGAAUGGAAUAUGUCAAAGGGAGGCCGCCUUGGGUAUUUUGAGCUUGUCCAGCUAAUUCUGUUUUCACUAGCUUUUUACUGGACAGAUAGGUCGCACUUUUAA